AUGGACACUGACGAGAAUGACGGUGGAGAGAAGCGUAUCUCAGUGGCGGAAAUGCUCAAGUCAAUUGAAGCCACCAAUACUAGAGCAACAGAAGGUGAAAUUAUGCAGUUUCCAACGAACGCAGCCGUUAGACGUCGGCUUAAGUAUCGACUAGCCGAUCGAACAUGGAGGCUCAGUCAGCAGCACUGUCGAGCUUUGCCCGCGGAUUUUGAUUCACCACCCAACUUACUCAGGUCGCAGUCCUGCACCCAAAUCGACUCUGAAGAUAGCCUGAAGAUGAUGCCUAUUUCGGAAAGGAUCGCACAAAUACAGGAGAACAGUGAGCAGUGGAAGAGACGAAAUCAGGCUCGCGGAGAAAGCGAAUCCACGCCCAACAAGAGUGUCUACCAGAUUCAAAACGACCUCGCCGCGAGCCAAGAGCAGUGGCGUAAACGCGUAGCCGCUCCUGACUGUGGCAAGGGCCCCGAGCAGGUAGUUCUUCGUCGAAAUUUGUGCCGUCAGACGCCGCGCUGUCACACCUUCCACGAAUUCUCGGAUAACCCAAAGUUCUUCACACCGACCCUGCAGGAUAAUGAAAAUAACCCCGAUUUUGCCAUUGUCAAGAAGGUUUGGCAAAAUACCACCUCAACAAUUUGCACUCUGUUGCUUUUUGGUGGAAAUUCGGUAGUCACCAAAAUCCCCUUAUUUUACUUACGCUUUGUCACUUCUACGCAGACAGUUCCUGUGGCUAAGAUCAACGAGCACUUUGUUGAUGAAUUCUUUGGAUCGCGGCCUCUUAAUGCAAUCGACCUACAGACAUUACCAAGCCAGUCUUCGUUGUCUAACGUCGAGUUUCCCAAAACAAACCUUGGCGUGGCACCGUUCAAACGACCACUCGGCCCCGCUUCUCGUCCCUCUUCGAAGUCGAAGAAUGCCGUUCGACGGUUAAACGAGACCUCAGGAUUAAAAGACGCCUAUGAAGAGGUACAGGUUCGAGUACCUGGCGACGCGGAGGCUGUUCUUUCAAGAAAUCAGUUCACUCCUUACCAGCGACUAACUGGAACGUCUGACGCCCUGGGGCUCUCCUCUACGCCGUCAAAUCGACCAGACAUGAACGCCCAUCUCUGUGAAUCCGCACUGGCCGGGUUGGCCAGCGUCGAGAAUUUCUCCACCACCAAGGAGCGUCUUCGAGUUGUCGCGCAAGAAAAGCAGGCCCCGCUCGCCGCCUUCCAGCGUUGCCUCGUCCCCUUCAAGGAGACAAUGCUUCUUUUAGUAAAAGGUCGUCGCCAAGUGCAAACGCGCCUAGUGGCUCCGACGGUCGCCUCCCUCAACUCCGGCGACUCCUUCCUCCUCAUUCUUCCCCACACUGCCUCCCUGUAUGUCUGGAUCGGUCAGCACUCCAAUCUGAUCGAAUCGAACAAGGUGCGCGACGUCGCUGCUUGGGUUAGCAAAACUCGAGAUCUCGGAUUUUCCUCCGGAGGCCGAGGACCGACCGUCGUGACCAUUGAAGAGGGCAAGCCUCAGGGGGUCUCCAGAGCCGAUCUUGAGGCGUUCUAUGCGGCGCUGGAAACCUCGUUGGAUAAGGUUAACAUCUCACCCGCUGGCCCACAGGAAGAAGAUCUCGUAUUUGAGGCCGUCGUUCAGCACACGAAUCGUGUCUUCGAAGUGCUUGAAGAUCGCCUCGAACCGAUUCCUGAGUUCUGGGGCACGCCUCUUCGCUGUUCAAUGCUCUCCUCCGUAAAGGCCUUUGUGUUCGACUUUGGUUCGGAGGUUUACUUAUGGACUGGUAAUCAAAUUUCCCCGAAAAUCCGUGCAGCCGGUAUCGAAUUAGUACAGCAGCUCUACAUGGAGCCGUAUGAUUACUCAAUGUGCAACACUAAUCCCCUCAACCCACUGGAAGCAAUUGUCUGUCCCAAAUCUGGGCACAGUCGACCUGAUUGGACCCUGGUAGCCAAGGUGCCGGAACGCGGUGAAACGGUGUUAUUCAAGGAGAAGUUUAUCGAUUGGCCGGAGGGUUCCCGUUUUGGCCACAUCUCAAGACACCACUCGGCAAAAGCCUACAUACCCAAGCCAUCUUCGACCGCGCCUUCCACCAUCGAACCCUUAUCCGCAGAUAUUCUCUUCAAGGAGGCCUUCCUGGAGCCUCCGCUGCCUGCGAACCUCUUGAGCCUUGAUGGCAGAUUUGUGGGCCGUGGUUGUGGCGAGGGCGUGCGUCCAUUCGACGGAAUUAUGCGUCGAUUCUUCGUUGAAACCUCUGCUGGGUUGAAGAUUUGGCGGAUUGUGGAGUAUGAGCCGAGGCUAGUGGACGAGGCGAGUUUCGGCCAGUUUUAUCGAGAAGAGACCUACGUAAUCCGAUGGCCCUUUCGCGUUUAUAAUAGUGAGUUACCGUGCUUUCGCAUCAUAUUUCGUUCUCGCAAUCUCUUCGAGGUUGAUGGUCCGGAAUUCCACUUUCCUCGGCUAAACCUUGCCGACCGCUCAUUUUCUGUUCCAGGUGGUCGCGAGGAGGCGUUAGUGAAGAACAGUCGCAGCUGCAACAAUCCGGCGGUCCUGAGGGACCAGUGCGCCUACUUCUUUUGGCAGGGCUCCGCCAGCAAGGUCACUCAGCAGGGCGCAGCUGCUCUGCUGACCGUCGAACUGGACGAGGAGAAGGGCCCACAGAUUCGAGUCGUUGAGGGCAAGGAACCGCCGGUCUUUUGUAGUCUCUUCAAUGGACGAAUGGCCAUCUACGAUGGAAAAUUUCACUCUCAGAAACCGGUGACUCGGUUGUUCCUAAUUCGAGGCGAACGAGGUCCUGAAACCCACUUGUGGCAAGUUCCAGCGUCCGUUGCCUCUCUCCGCAGUCGUGGCGUCUUCCUUAUUGUCAGCGCCGAUGAAAAAGACAGCAGAUGCUGGCUUUGGGUCGGUUCCACUGUCCCCAAAGCGAAUAUCACGGCGGCUAGAUGGUUGCUCGAUCGAUUCCACAAUAGCUGCCCACCAGAUCUUGGGCAUAAGAUUCUGAAUGUGAAAGAGGUCAACGAAAUUGACACCGGUUCCCCUCAUCUGCAAGACUGUUUGGCCACCCUAAACGGGGGUACCACUGUACACCUACCGUUGUCCAGCGCACCACAAGACGUGCAGCGAUUGGUUGUUUGGCAGCUUGUCUACACCUUGGGUCAGCAAUUGUCCUCGCACCGGCUGUCCUAUUCCCUCGAGCCGGACAUCACAACGGCGUCGGACUUUGGCAUCGCCGUCAGCACCUACGUGGAGUCAGAUUCGCUCUUCUCAAGCAAACUCCCCAUCCCGAACUUCCCCAUCAAUCUCUCCGACUUUUAUUCAACUGAACAGCCAGGCACGUUUCUCCCAGGAGUUAUUUCACUUUUUCUGGUGGUUCACGGCAAAGACGUUGUCUACUUGUGGCACGGUUGGUGGCCAGAGAGUAGCCCUGGAGCCUCGCCUCCUAGGCUAGUCCCUUCUCAUUCAACAGAAACACCCGUGAAGAUGCGUCGGACCCCCUCGAAACCCUUCUCCCCCGGUCCCGCCCGGCCCACCAGUCUUCCGAGCGAGAUGCUGGCCUUCGCCGACCCCGAUUCGGUGCCCGCACCGCCACUCACACCCUCGUCACCACGAUCCCCCGGGGGUUCUGCUUCUUCCCCGAGGUUUAUUGCAGCGCGUUUAGCUGCUCUGCGGACGGCUCAGGCACUUGCCAAACGAAUUGGACCCGCUACUCGUGCCGUCGCAGUGUACGCUGGACUCGAACCAGAUGACUUCCUGUGCUUGUUCCCUCCUGCCUCGAGGUCGACUGAUGGAGCGAAUUACCAUCUUAACAAUGGUAAGUCGAAUGGCCAAGCUGAUGCAGUUAGUGACCUCCUGGAUCGUCUGGAAAAUAUGAAAUUUAGUUUGCGAGAGUUGCAACAACAUCCACGACCAUCGGAAUUCGACACAACUCGCCUGGAGACCUACCUGACGGACGAAGACUUUGAGGCAAGUUUACUUCAACUGGAACGCUGUAUUGAAGCAAAAACAUUAAGUCCAGUCGCAGCCCAUGUCCUUUGCCAUGACAGGAUGGUCACGGGGAUCGAAGAUACCGGGAAAUUUGCCGCCUUUCACAUGUCCCGUGCUGCCUUCUCCGAGUUGCCCGAAUGGAAACGAUGUAACCUGAAAAGGAAUUUAAAUUUAUUCUGA